AUGAGCCCGUCCUACCCGCUCAUCCCGGGGUUCCCGGUGCUGAGCCCGUGCUACAACGUGUCCGGGGCCGGAAAGAUCGAGGUGCCGGAGCUGUCGCUGGCGUUCGCGGACGGCGCGGCGUGGGAGUUCCCGGCGGAGAACUACUUCAUCCGGCUGGAGCCGGAGGGCAUCAUGUGCCUGGCCGUCCUGGGCACGCCGCGCUCCGGCAUGUCCAUCAUCGGCAACUACCAGCAGCAGAACUUCCACGUCCUCUACGACCUGGAGCUCAACCGGCUCGGCUUCGCGCCGCGCCGGUGCGCCGACGUCUAG